GUUAGAGAACACAGCAGAAACGUGCGUGAGCAGAGAAAAACUUUAACAACAUCAAGUACAAAAUGAGGAGUUAUUAGUUAAAUGAUGUGAGUAGAUGAAAUUGUAGUCAGUAGUGAGAAAGUAAAUAUCAACAGUUUGACACAGGUUGAUAUUUGGACAUCUUCUAGGACAGAAGCAACACUGCUGUGUGUGCGCGUGUGUUGUGUUCAGUUUAUUUACAGAUAUAAACAUCUGAACUUCUGUCAAGGCCUCCGGGACAUCCAAGAGUCUUUUUGGAGAAACAGACACAAACACAAUGAACAGUUUGAUUGAUAGAGAAUCUGCUGAACCCAGCUGUGUGUCUAGGAGGAGAAAUAAUUCAAUGCAUUUUCCACCCAACAUCAGUUUAGGAGACUCUAGUACAGAUGUGAGGAAUUUCAAAGGAAAGUCCUUCAAAGGGAAGCAGAUGGAUUCUGUUCUUCAGGAGCUUGAACACGAAAUCAUCUCAGAUUGCCUAGCAUGCUCUGAGAGAGAGGAGGAGGAGGAGGAAGAAGAUCAGAUCAGAGAGGAGUUUUUAAAGAUCACACUGCACGUCCUAAAGAAGACGAACCAGACAAACCUUGCUGAUAAACUACUGACCAAACUUUUACCUUUGUGUGUGAAAAAACACAAAUCCAGACUAAAUGAAGGAAUAUCAAGUCACGGACGCUCAAGACUUGUGAAUGAGAUCUACACAGAGCUGUACAUCACUGAGGGAGGGAGUGAAGAACUCAAUAAUGAACAUGAGGUGAGACAGAUUGAGACAACAUCCAGAAGAUCAGAGACACAAGAAACACCAAUCAAAUGUAAUGACAUCUUUAAAGCUUUACCUGGACAAGACAAACACAUCAGAACUGUGCUGACUAAAGGAGUUGCUGGAAUUGGAAAAACCGUCUCUGUACAGAAGUUCAUUCUGGACUGGAGUGAAGGAAAAGCAAAUCAGGAUCUUCACAUCAUAUUUCCACUUCCAUUCAGAGAACUGAAUCUGAUGAAGAACACAAAUAUCAGUCUGAUGGAUCUUCUUCAUCAGUUCUUCAUAGAUACAAAAGAACUGAGAUCAAGAGACUUUGAUGUCUAUAAAGUUGUGUUUAUCUUUGAUGGUCUGGAUGAGUGUCGACUUCCUCUAGAUUUCUCAAACAAUCAGAGUUUGUUUGAUGUAAGAGAAGAAGCUUCAGUGGAUGUGCUGUUGACAAACCUCAUCAAGGGGAAUCUGCUUCCUUCUUCUCUGAUCUGGAUAACAUCACGGCCCGCAGCAGUCAAUCAGAUUCCUCCUGACUGUGUCGACCAGAUCACAGAUGUACGAGGAUUCAAUGAUCCUCAGAAGGAAAAGUAUUUCAUUAAGAGAAUAAAUGAUGAGAGUUUGUCCAACAGAAUCAUCAAACACAUCAAAUCAUCCAGGAGUUUGUACAUCAUGUGUCACAUCCCAGUCUUCUGUUGGAUUACAGCCACUGUUCUAGAGAGAAUGUUGAGUGAAUCAGAGAGUCAAGCAGAGAUCCCCAAGACUCUCACUCAAAUGUUCACACACUUCCUGAUCUUUCAGACCAAACUGAAGAGUCAGAAGUAUGAUGGGAAAUAUGAGGUAGACCUUCAACAGGUUAGAAAGAGUCUUCUGUCACUGGGAAAACUGGCUUUUCAACAGCUGGAGAAAGGGAAUCUGAUCUUCUAUGAGGAGGAUCUGAGAGAUUGUGACAUUGAUGUCAGAGACGCUUCAGUGUACUCAGGAGUUUGUACUCAGAUCUUCAGAGAGGAGUUUGGACUGAACCUGGGGAAGGUCUACAGCUUUGUGCAUCUGACCAUUCAGGAGUUUCUUGCUGCUUUAUUUCAGUUUCAUUCAUUUUCUCAACAAACAUCAGGACUUUUCAGCAUGUUCAGAUCAACUAUGAGUGAUUUACUGAAGAGUGAAGUGGACAAAGCCUUACAGAGUGAGAACGGACACCUGGACCUUUACCUCCGAUUCCUUAUGGGUCUCUCACUGGAGUCCAAUCAGAUGAUCUUACGAGAUCUACUGACACAGACAGGAAGAAUAUCUGACAGCAGACAGGAAAUAGUUAAGUACAUUAAGAUGAAGAUCAGAGAGAAUCAAUCUCCAGAGAAAUCCAUAAAUCUGUUUCACUGUCUGAAUGAACUGAAUGAUCAAUCUCUAGUGAACGAGAUACAAACAUAUCUAAACAGAAAAGAUUACAGUCGCCUCUCUGGAGUCGGUCUUUCUCCCUCUCAUUGGUCGGCUCUGGUGUUUGUGUUACUGAACUCAGAUCAGAAGCAGGAUGAGUUUAUACUGGAGAAAUAUAAUCCAUCAGAUGAAUGUCUUCAGAGGCUGCUGCCAGUGAUCAAAACAUCCAGAAAAGCUGAUCUGAUGAACUGUAAUCUGACAGAGAAAAGUUGUUCAUCAUUGAGUUCAGUUCUCAGCUCAAACUCCUCAAGUCUGACAGAACUGAACUUGAGCGCAAACAAACUGCAGGAUUCAGGAGUGAAGCUUCUCUCUGAUGGACUGAAGAAUACAAACUGUAAACUGAAGAUAUUACAUCUGUGGUCCUGCAGUAUUGGAGAUGAAGGUUUUGAUGCUUUGGUGUCAGCUUUGAGAUCAAACCCAUCACACCUGAAUGAACUCAAUCUGUACGGUAAUAAUCCAGGAGAUUCAGGAGUGAAGCUGAUCUCUGAUCUACUGAUAGAUCCACACUGUAAACUACAUAAACUAGAUCUGAGCUACUGUAAUCUGACAGAGAAAAGUUGUUCAUCAUUGAGUUCAGUUCUCAUGUCAAACUCCUCAAGUCUGACAGAACUGAACCUGAGUGACAAUAAACUGCAGGAUUCAGGAGUGAAGCUUCUCUCUUAUGGACUGAAGAAUACAAACUGUAAACUGAAAAUAUUAAAUCUGAUGAACUGUAAUCUGACAAAGAAAAGUUGUUCAUCAUUGAGUUCAGUUCUCAGCUCAAACUCCUCAAGUCUGACAGAACUGAACCUGAGUCUCAAUGAUCUGCAGGAUUCAGGAGUGAAGCUUCUCUCUGAUGGACUGAAGAAUACAAACUGUAAACUGAAGAAAUUAAAUCUGAUGUGCUGCGGUAUUGGAGAUGAAGGUCUUAUUGCUUUGGCUUCAGCUCUGAGAUCAAACCCAUCACACCUGACUGAACUCAGUUUGAUCAAUCCAGGAGAUUCAGGAGUGAAGCUGAUCUCUGAUCUACUGAAGGAUCCACACUGUAAACUACACAAACUACAUAUCUGAUCUGGACCGUAUCAAUCACCUACACCUACGAAUCAAACAACAGACUUCAGUCAUAAAGUUAUCUCUUGAAAUAUUUCACCUUGAUUCGACUUAUGCAGCUUCUUCAGAUUCUGGAAUUUACAAAGAAAAACUCAGAGGGGUUUCCCGGACAGGGAUUAGACUAGUCCUAGACUAAAACAAAUGUAAGAGCUGUCCAAACUGAAAAAAACAUAUCUUAUAAUACAUCAGUGACCUUUGUUUUGCCUUAAAAUUCACACAAGUAAUGUUUUAGUAAAGCAUGUUUGUUAAAACUAGUUACAUUACCUAAUUAAACUAAGGCAUUGUCCUGGUUUAAGCUAAUCCCUGUCCAGGAAACCACCCCAGAAAGUUCAAUCUGAGUUAAACAUGUUUUCAACCAGUGGCAGCUGGUCAAUAGGUUGGCCCUCAAAGUUGGCCAGAGAAGAAAGCUCUCAACCAGUUCUGUCCCUAAUGGAAGUUUCCGAAUCUACAGUUAACUCAUUCCCCGCCAUUGACGAGUUAUCUCGUCAAUUAUGAGUUAAUAUUUAAGUAAUAAAUAUGCUUUUCUGGACGAAUUUCAAAGUGAAAGUGUAAUACCGCUUUUAUCCACUGGAUGGCGCCAAAACCGAAUUUAUCAAAAACGGAAGUUAAAAAGAAGUAAUGGUUUAUUUUAACUGCCUUUAUGUUUGAUAGUCAUUCUGAGUCUGAUAUCUAACAUAAAUUCCUUUUACAAAAACGCA